AUGGAAAUUGUGUCCAUAGGAAACCAAACUAUUACUGAAUUUAUCCUCCUUGGCUUCUAUGACAUCUCUGAGCUGCAUCCACUAUUCUUUAUUGUGUUCACUGUCAUCUAUGCCUCCAUCAUCACAGGGAAUAUGCUGAUAAUCAUGGCAGUGAUUAGCUCCCAGAGGCUCCACAAACCCAUGUAUUUCUUUCUGGCUAAUCUGUCCUUUCUGGAGAUCCUCUACACCUCCACAGUGAUGCCAAAAAUGCUGGAGGGCUUCCUGCAAGAGGCAACCAUCUCUGUGGCUGCUUGCUUGCUCCAGUUCUAUGUCUUUGGCUCUCUAGCCACAGUUGAAUCCUUUCUGCUGGCUGUCAUGGCAUAUGAUCGCUACCUGGCCAUCUGCUACCCACUCCACUACCCGCUCCUGAUGGGGCCCAGAUGUUGUUUGGGGCUGGUGGUCACAGUCUGGUUCUCUGGAUUCAUGGUAGAUGGACUGGUUGUAGCUCUGAUGGCCCAGCUGAGAUUCUGCGGCCCCAACCACAUUGAUCACUUUUACUGUGACUUCAUGCCAGUGGUGGGCCUGGCUUGCUCAAAUCCCAGAGUGGCCCAGGUGACGACAUUCAUUCUUUCUGUGGUCUGCCUCAGUGUUCCCUUUGGACUGAUUCUGGCAUCUUAUACUUGGAUCAUGGUAGCAGUGCUAAGAGUUCCUGCUGGAACCAGUGGGAGAAAGGCUCUUUCCACAUGCUCCUCUCACCUAGCUGUAGUGUCCACAUUUUAUGGAACUCUCAUGGUCUUGUACACUGCACCCUCUGCUGUCCACUCCCACCUCCUCUCCAAGGUGUUUUCCUUGCUUUACACUGUGGUCACCCCCAUCUUCAAUCCUGUGAUCUACACCCUGAAGAACAAAGAGGUUCAUCAGGCACUACUGAGGAUUUUCUAUAUUAAACAAACUGAAGCACUCGAUUGA